UACCCCCUUAAAGACCAAUUCUCCCUGGACCCUAACAAGCCACGUGUUGUUGUGUUGUAAGCGACCAGGUAAACACCAGCUGAUAUACAGGCAUCAUGGUAGAGAGAGGUGAAGCCAACAGCCACACAUCAUCUGUUAUGAACCAGCUCGAAGACACGUCCCGAGAGAUAAAGGAAUGCUACGACAGGCUAGACUUCAUCGAAACCAAGCUGAGGCGAAGGCACUACCCCAAUGAAGAGAAGAAGCGGCUGGAGAAGGAGGUGCACGACAUAAAGACCCACCUGUCGAGGCACGAGAAUAACCUGAGGAGCCUGCGUGGGGAGAACCGCGUGGCCAUGAUGUUGUCGGUCUUGAUACUAGCUCUGGGGGUCAUGAUCUACAUCGUGUACUGCAUCCUGUUCACCAGCUGAGACCGUAAGGCGACGGAGUAUAAACGCUUAACGUGAGGGAAGCGACCCUUUGACGGCAGCCUAAGGGGGGUGUUGUGAUGACGAGGGCGGGUAGAUAACAUCGGCGGUGCUCUCUAUUGGAAGCUAAUAUCAAAUAUAUCUUUAUUUUGUCAUCAUAAGAUACUGUUUAUCUUCACCACAGGCAGCUGCUCGUUGCUCUCUUCCUCGUUCCCAACUUCAGACAUUUACCGUAAUAUUUAUUAAUUGUUAUACUACACAUUCCAUCUUCCAAUUAGCGAAGGUAACGAGUAUUUUUUUAAUAUCGUGAACUGUGUGUUGUAAUGUUUUAGAGGAAAUACAGGAACAUUACAUCAGACUGUGGUUGUGAUUCACAUGCUAGCCUAUGUACAUAAUUGAUAAAUUGUCGGGUUAUGAAUUUGAGACAAAUUUUAGUAUAAUAAAUAAGAUAUAAUUGGGUAUAAUAUAGAUGGCAGGUAAUGGUAUAUAAUUCUUACAGUAUAAAUUCCUUGGACAUAUUUGGCAGUACUUUAUAUUGUAUCUGACAAGCACAAGUGGGAGCUACUUAUGUUAUUAGUUAAAGAUCAAUAUAUAAUUUUACUUUUAAUUGAGUAAGGAAAAAAUAACACCCAAAAAUAUAUUAACUGCACAAAAUGUAGAUGAUUUAACCCUUUAAGGACUCAAAGGGUUUAAAUACCAAUAGUCCAGACUCUGUGUUCUGUAAGGUAAUGCCAAACUACCCAGGGUGUUUUGUAAGCAGCUGUACAAGACGUUUAGACAAGAUGGUGCGGAGACAACACAACAUUCCACGACGUCUCUUUAGAGUUAGAUGCAUUAUAUAUCUGGUGUGGGGGCCAAGGUUGCUAUGUAUAUACUGUACAGUUAAACCUCUAUAUAACAGACGUGUCUCUUCGUCAAGGGGGUUAACACAUUUAACGGACCCUCGAUAUAAUGGACUUUCUUCUCUAUAUAGUUUAUUAGAUGGAGGUUUCAUAUCUAACGGACCCUCGAUGUAACGUACUUUCUUCCCCACGUGGUCGGGUAAAUAGAGGUUCCGCUGUACCGUAUCGUAGCUUCAGAUUGUCGUCUCCUCUGCGCGCUCGGUCGUAGCAGAAACAUACGCUUGGUUUUGGUUCACAGCCAAACGUGAUCUUUCCAUUACCUUGUUACUGUAGGUGUGAAAUACUCAGGUUAUUUGGAGUAUUUCUCUUAAAUUUCAUUAUAGUGAGGUAGUUUGUGUCGUGGUAGUGUAGUUCUGUGCCUUUAGAUGUACUAUACCAUUUUGGUCUCGGUGUGUGGGUAGUUACAGCACCUUUGUAGAACGCGAACGACACGGUCAUGACUUAAAGUACGACGGUAAGACGAUUUCGCCUCGAGUUAAAUGUAUAAGUUUUUACAAGAGGAAAGACUCGUGUCGUCGCUCAUCAUGUAGAAGGUUUUCGCCCCAAGAAAUAGUUUAUGUAAAUCAGACGGCUGUUUGGGUGUUCCUGUAUAUACUAUCAACAUUGUGGGUUAGUUAAGUAUACAAGUUGUGUUAUAAGGAUAAAAAAGUGAAGGUUAAGAAAUACAUUAAAUAUUUUAUUAAAA